GCACUCAAAAGUAAACUGUGACGCUCGAAGUCAACGUUAGCAUCUACACCUGGCUGCUAGCUAGAACUUGUGACUUGAAAAGUUCAAAGUUUGGGAUAAAAGUAGGGUUUGCUUGUAGGGAAUGAAACAGCCACGCGCCUAUUGCCCUAACGGAUAAUUUACCGAUAUUCAGUUGCUGCCCAUUGUAACGUUAGCCUCCUGCCGUUCACCGUCGACAUGAACUCGUAUCAUGUUUUGGAGCUGGUUGGAGAGGGCUCAUUUGGUCGAGUUUACAAGGGAAGGAAAAUAUUUACUGGCCAGGUGGUGGCUCUGAAGUUUAUGCCUAAAGUGGGUCGUUCUGAAAAGGAGCUUCGGAGUCUCAAAAGAGAGAUUGAGAUCAUGAGGGGUCUUCAACAUCCGAAUAUUGUCCAACUCUUUGACAACUUUGAGACUGAAACUGAGGUUGUGGUUGUAACUGAGUAUGCGGAGGGUCAGUUGUUCCAGAUUCUUGAGGAUGAUGGGAAUUUACCAGAGAGCCAGGUCCGUGAGAUCGCCUGCCAGCUGGUCUCCGCUCUGUAUUAUUUACACUCCCAUCGCAUUCUUCAUCGUGACAUGAAACCACAAAAUAUUCUCUUGAACAAAAGUGGGGUGGUGAAACUGUGUGACUUUGGGUUUGCCAGGGCCAUGAGCGUCUCCACCUUGGUGCUGACUUCUAUCAAGGGGACGCCGCUGUACAUGUCUCCUGAGCUGGUGGAGGAGAAGCCAUAUGACCACACUGCUGAUCUCUGGUCUCUGGGCUGCAUCCUGUAUGAACUCCACACGGGGGCGCCUCCGUUCUACACAAACUCCAUCUUCCACCUGGUACAUCUUAUAAUGAGAGACCCAGUCAAAUGGCCAGACACUAUGAGCGACACCUGCACGAGUUUCCUGAAAGGUUUGUUAACCAAAGACCCUCAGAAGCGGUUGUCAUGGCCAGACCUCCUGCACCAUCCCUUUGUUGCUGAUGAUGUUUUAGUGCUGUCAGACACAGGUGUGUUCAGCCCUCUGACAGUCACACCCAGCCCAGACAUGCUGGCGCUGAAACUUCAGCAAGUGGCGGCAAAGACGGUACCGACUCCUGGAGGGAGCAGAUUAGUGCGAAAGGUCAGGGAACAGACGGACAACGGUAACAGAGGGAAAUCGCCAGGCAGUGACGGUGUAAAAAAAAAGAAGGAUGGAUUGGGGAAUGAAAGGGCUAACUCUGGGACGGCAGCAGCAUCCCCGAGAGCCAAACCGCCCAGUGAUGUCACUGUUAACUCGGAUCACUCGGUCACAACAGCUGCCAAUCAAAGCCUUAACCCAAAGAAUCAAGUCUGCGUGAGACCAAAGCACAGGGGUCAGAUCAGCAGGGACUAUGAACAGGAGUUCCCCUCUGUAGAGGUCGGGCCGGGACUAGUGCAGAGAUGCAAUGUGGACACACUGCACAUGCAGGAUGAUGACCGUGAGGAGUAUUGGGAGAAACUGGCCCACGAAUCAGAUCCAAGCAGGCAGCAGAGAGAAAUAUUAAACUACAGUGCCAUUAUUCCUCAACUUAAAUCCAAGAUCUUGACAUUUCAAGCUCAGCUAACAGGCGGCGUUGUUAAAGAAGAAUGGCGCAUGCACCUACCGCUGAGGGUCUUACGUAACCUGAUUGUGACCUCUGACCUGGAGAAGUCUUACCACAUCGGUCAGGAAGUUGGACUACCUCAUGUCCUCUUUGACCUAGUCCAUGAUGCUGUUGGAAACUCAAACUUCAUCAAGCAACCAUGGAGCGUGCCAGCACUUGGAGAAAUGAUUGUUGUGCUCAUGAUCUACCAGGAGAAGCAUUGUGACUGGGUGGACGAAGAGCAUAGACUGGAAGAGAUCACCAAGCCUUUCAUCACAAUUCUCAGUCAACCAAACCUCAUUCCUUUGGCACCUCUGGCCGCCUCUGUUUUGUCUCUGUUAAUACACCAUGAUGUUGAUGUCAGAGUUGAUAUGGACAGCCUAUCCUCCUUGCUGAAAAACCUGCUUUUGGACUCGUAUGAGCCCCAACUUUCUCUUCCUUCUGGAUGGGGGCUCUGUGAUGGCCUCAUGUCUUUACUCCUGCACACGCUCACUGAGCAUGCAAAUGGCUAUGGACCUUCAUGUUUAGAUCCAGUAAUGUUUCUGGAUCUAUGGAAAAAGAUUGGCACUUCACUGGCAAGGACACCAGACGCAGACUUCUGUUCGGCAAAUGGGCUGCAUUCCUUUCUGUCUACGGCGCUGUUUGUCUUCACCAAGGUUCCAUACUCGUGCAUUCCUCUGUUUUCUGAACGUGAAUCAAAAUGUGUACACACUCUUGGCCGGCUGCUGGGCACUGACUGUCUACAUUUGUUUGCUGAAGGCGAUCCUGGGAGACUUGAGGUGGAUCUGAGUCACGGCAGCCUGUCCGUGUUGAGCUGCCACUUGUUGUGCUUUCCGUUUGCCCUGGACACGCCUUCACACGCCAUGGCCACGAUUUUACAGUUGUAUGACAGUUGUGGUAUUGUUUCAAGCCUCCUGCAGGUAAUUCAAACUCUUCCUCCUCCGCUAUUAGAGCUGCCUCUCUCCCUGCUGAGCCGUUUGCUCCUCUGUGACCCCGAGCGCUCUGUUUCCCGCCUCGGAAAAGCGGCUUGUGGUUUUUUUGCGCCACCCAGAAACAGCCAGCUCGAUUCCUCCAAACAGCAGACGCCUCUGUACAGAACUGCCAGCUCUCUGCUCCAUGACUUGCUGCAGCUUGAUGUGCUGUGGGAUUCUGCUGUGGAACUCUUAACUCUGUUGUCCCAAGUGGCCCCUCGGCCCACUCGCCUUCAGCUUCACCUGGAAGCCUCAGCGCUGCACCAGGCGCUGGCUCACUCCUAUGACCAGAUCAGGGCUGCCACAUGCAGACUUUUGGGUAAUGUGGAUCCAUUCAGGCCUCCUGCACUGCACACCCUGCAACCUGACAUUUUCAAAAGCAUGAUAGACUGUCUUCAAGAUUCUUGCAUGCCUGUCCGGCGGAUGGCUUGCAAGGCAGUGGGGAACUGGUUGGGAUAUAUUGUGGCAGACUUUAAAAUAGGUAGGUCCAAUGGAAAGGACAGUGACACUACAGGGUGGGGCAAAGGGAUGGAACAAAAUAAACACAAGUUUUCACACAGUGAGGCAGCUGGAUAUUUGGGUACUAUAGUAGAACAGGGACUGGACGAUGAGGAGGGGCGCAGGUGGAUGGAGGAAGCCAGGAGUACGGCGGCCGUGUUGCCGUCUCUCAUCGCUGACCCCGAUGCCCUCACGCGUCGGCACUGUUGUGCAGCCCUGGGAAACCUGGUAAAGGUUGACGGCACCCUAUCCUUGUUGUUGGAGGAAAACAUGUCCAGCUUACUUCUGAGAGCCGCGUGCAUGGAUUCCCAAAAUGCAGUGAGAAAAGCUGCCAUAGCAACCCUGUGCCUGUACAGCGAGCAGGACGCAAUACGUCAGGUCCUGAGAUCCCUCGAUGCCAGUAAGAAACUUCUUCAGGCUUCACAACAUGCACCUCCACAAUGUGACUAUCAUCAGCUCAUCAGACGGCUGGAAGUGAGUCCAGUUCUCUAGGAAUGAUGGCAGAUUUAUAAGCCACGUGUACAUAAGUGAUCUCCUUCCUCACUUUACAAUACUUAUUCCUCCUGUCUUAAGCAGUGUCUUAGAGAAUUAAAGAAAGUAGUAAUAUCACAUUUAUUAUUUUUCUAAAGUGUGUCUUUUUUCUAAUUUAAAGAUUAAGUGGUGGAAAUAAAAAGUAACUUUCCUUUAAUGGAGAUCUUUGUUAGCAGAGCUGAAAUCGUGGCUGUGUGUUUUAAAUAAAACAAAAGUUUGUUUCUA